AUGUCUGGAAGAGGCAAGGGCGGCAAAGGCUUAGGCAAGGGUGGCGCCAAGCGUCAUCGCAAAGUCCUGAGAGAUAACAUCCAAGGCAUCACCAAGCCCGCCAUUCGGCGCCUUGCUCGGCGUGGGGGAGUCAAACGCAUUUCCGGCCUCAUUUACGAGGAGACCCGAGGCGUGUUGAAGGUGUUUCUGGAGAACGUUAUUCGGGACGCUGUCACCUACACGGAGCACGCCAAGCGCAAGACGGUCACUGCCAUGGACGUGGUCUACGCGCUAAAGCGGCAGGGACGCACGCUCUACGGCUUCGGAGGUUGA